UUCUCGCGUAAACAGGAGGGUCUCGGCUUUGGAACAGUUCACCGGUACCUCGCUGUCGGUCAACAGUUCUUGUUCUUCGGUUGAAAGAAAAAAGUCUCGCGACCAUGCGGACAAUUCGGUGUCUUGUGCUGGACCAAGUGUAAAAAAGACUCAAAUGCGAGAUGUUUCGUCUAAUUUUACUCCUUUUAUACGCCCGUCGCUGUCUUGCCUACGGAUUCGACUCAGGGGGCGACCAAGGGGCUUGUGGGAGACAAUACCGCUCGGGGAAAAUGCACCGACCACCGUGCGAUUUAACAUCAGGAUAUUGCACUUCGGCGGGGACGGCCUACCCCUGGCACGCUGUUAAACGAUUCGUGAGGGAGAAUCAGGGGUUGAUGAGGAGGAUGUACGGGGACCAGAGACACGGACAAGUGCUGCAAGCGGAGCUGGACGACAUGGAGUUGCAGUCAAUUACAGACAGACAAAGGUGGGCAAAGCAGGAAUUCCACUUCAACACCGACAAUGAGUUAACUCGGGACACCGAACCGCGCUUUUUGCGUGAAGAAGACAUCAGUAACGACGACGUCCUCAACACAAAAUUUGUCUAUUCGGAAGAGCCAACACUCAGUAUAAAACUCGCCGACUUGCGCACAGCACCGCAUUUUCGGCCCACAACCACGACCGAAGCCCCAAAAACCACAACUGAGGAAACCACCACAACCGAAACCGUAACCAGUGACACGACCGAAACCACCAACGGUAGUCCCACCGAGACCGAUGCGAGCGAGAGCAGCCCCCAAACUGUCCUUUUCCAAGACAUGGAAGACAAAGACAGUCAUAAAGUGCAAGUUAACUACCACAUGAAGGGGGUGAAUGCUUGUCCGGUUAAAGAAGAAGUGGUGGCCCCAUUCUGGGCCAACAACACUCGUGGCGAAGUCCUAGCCCUGCUCAACAUGUACCCCUUCGAACAGUACGUCCAUUGGGAGAAGUGCACCCACGAGCACCGCCAGAUGUACUGCAGAGAUGGGUGCCGCUGUGAGCAGCAAUACCGUCUUCAUCGACUCCUCGCCUACGACCCCAAUAAUGAAUGUCGCGGCAUUUUCUCGGAUUGGUUUCGGUUUCCGUCGUGUUGUGUUUGUAAAUGUUACAGUAUUCCUCCUGCUGAGUUUCGAGUCACGUCACGAAGUCCACGAGCUUUUGAUGAUGGGCAAGUGCCCGAUUGGUACAGGAGGAAAAACGAGGCGAUCUUUGGGGGCGAUCACGGGUGAUGACAACGGAAGUUAAAUUUAAUUGUCAAGGCUCGUGUUUUGUAAUUUAGUUAUUUUUGUGUCUAUGAUUUGUACAUCAUUAAUACUAUUAAUUGUACGUAGUUGGUAAGACUUGUUGUGUUCUUGUAAUGUGUUAUUUUAUUUUUGAAUAAAGCUUCGGAAUAACAAAAAAA